AUCAUUUGCCACUGUGAAGCCAUUCGGUCAAUCCAUUUUACGAAUUUCUCUCGCGAAUCAAAAAAACGCGCGCGUUCGACUAUCCAACCGUCGGAGUGAGUAGUUUGCUAUUGCUGUGCAGUGUGACUCUUUUCCCGGUCAACUCUUCAAGAAGAAAGGAAGCAUAUCGUGCGGCUGAAGAAAAAAAAAGCUCACACCAUUUCCGCGUACCGAGUGAAAAAGCAGAAAAUCUAGUUGGACGAGACUCACAAGCAAGCCGAUCAAUCGUGAUCUUCAGCUCGGAGCUUUCACGAUUUUUUACAAGCAGUUAGCAGUCAACGACGUUCCAGUAGUCUUUCGGUGCUCCAGAGGCAGUUUCGAUUAGUGGUGAACGUUGCAAGUGCAAAUUUGCGGUUUGCUAAGAGGCAGAUUUUCAAGUAUCGACCAAUAAUCUUACAUCGCUGGGCACCACUUGGGACGGAAAAAAGCAAGGCUUGAAAAUGAAAGUAGCGGUUGCAGCGGUUAUGCUGAUUUGCAUUAGUACCAUUGAGGCGCGGACCAAAGCUGAAAAACGAAAGGAUUUCGAGUAUGACUAUGACUCGGCGGCGGCAAGUGCUGGCUAUGGAGGUUCAUAUUCGCCCAAGUCGGGAUACAGUGCCGGAAGUGGUCUUCGUUCGAUUGCGCAAGGAUCGGCCGAUCAAGCGACAUCUGCCGUGGCCAACCAGCACGCAGCAGCCAAGCAGGCUGCAUAUGUAGCUCAGAAUACCCUGGCCCAGGCAGCGGCUCAAGCUGCGGCCACGGCACAAGCUGCUCUUCACGGAAAACAGGUUUUACUGCAAGGUCUGGAACAGCAGAGUCUGGAGGCGCAUCAGGCACUCGAUGCCGAGAUUCAGCAAUUGCAACAAGCCAAACGAUCCGCGAAAGCAGCUCAACAUGCUGCCCAACAGGCACUGAACCAUGUUCAAGUGCUGACAGCCGCUCUGAACAACGCACAGGUUGCAUCUGAACACGCUCAACAGGCUGCCAGUGAAGCCGCUGCUGAACUUGCAUCGCAAACCCAGAUGGUGGGUGCCGCAAAAGCGCGCGUAGAAAACAUCGAAGAACAGUUGAAUGCGGCCCGUGUUGAUUUCGAAGCCACGCAGGAGGCUGCCCAUAAGGCUGCCUCGUCUGCCCAAGAAGCUCAGAACAAUGCAGCAGAAGCAGCGGCCCAUGCUGCAAUCACCCAUCGUAGUGGCACAGUCGCCGUCGAACAUCAACAUCAGCAUCAGCAUCAAGCAAUUCAGGCCAAAGCUUUCAAGACGAAUGGUGUGCUAACGCAAGGAGAUGAUAUCAACAGUGCCGAACAUGAUGCCCCAUCUAAUCACAAAUUUAAUGACUUCAAGCCGGUCGCCCAAUCUUACAACUAUCCAGGAUACAAAUAAGUUUACUUUGAGUGACUAUUGCGACCUCUCUAUGUUUUAAUAGAAGCGAAAAGAGAUUUACCUAAACGUUUAAUUAUAAGAAAAGCGUUCCGUAAUUAUCAGCAUCGAUCGCUGAAGCCGAAAACGAUCGAUUUCGCUAUAUUAUUUGGUGAAUUUGAUUGACCAUUGUGCACAUACCGAACGUGAUCUGUGAGUUGAGAUAGAAAUCAUCUUCAUAAUAACGGCCGGCAUGAGUUGCCAAAAUUUCGAGAGUUUAUCGCACAAUCGGCUACCCAUUAGCGUCACAGUUUGGGUAUUCGGUUCAUUCGCACAGUACCUAUACAAUAGUGUUAGUUAUAGUUCGUCUGUUAUGAUUUUACGUUCCCUAGGCCGUUAGCUAAUUUUGACGAAUGGUUACCGAUACCACUGUAGGUUUAAGGCACUAUGUAUAUUUAUUGACAAAAUGGUUUGGCAAGUCUAACAGCAUGCACCGUCAAACAAUUUGAGCACAUGCAAAUUCACAGUCCAGGACCCAAUAGGCAUUAGAUUAUUUAUUUCAAAAUUGACGCGACAUGUUUUGGAGAAAUAGUUUAAAUUUGUUAUUAUUGUAUAAAAUGCUUAAUGCUUCUUAAAAAUUCAAAUAAAAUUAUACGUUUAAAAC